AUGACCGACGGAAAGCAGCAGCCUGACUACCAUCUCAUUGGGACUCAUACGCGGUACUCAAGUUGGACAUGUCGCGCAGAGACAGUCCUUGAGUACUUCAACAUCCCUUAUACUGCGCAAAUCAUCCACCUGUCCGAGGUCAAAAAUGUUUCCCACACGGGCUUUGUCCCAUUGCUAGAGUGCCGUUCCCUCGGAGAAAAUAUCCGCAUUAAUGAUUCCCUGGCAAUCUGCGAAUUCCUGGCCGAGUCCAACCCAGACCUCAAUCUCUGGCCGCGCGACCGGCAACUGAGGGCAUUGGCGCGUAGCGCCGUAGCCGAGAUGCACUCGGGAUUCUGGACACUGAGAAACAACUACGGCACGAACUUCAUUGCCCGAUACACGGGAAACGUCCCUGUCUCGGAGCAAGCGAAGAAGGAGGUUGAGCGGCUUCUCGUUAUCUGGGAUAGUGCCAGGCGGAUAACCAAGACUCGUCUGGCUGAGCUGAACGAAAAGGAUGAGGGAUUUCUUUUCGGACAGUUCAGUAUCGCGGAUGCUUUUUUCUGGCCUGUCCUUUGGCGCUUCCGUACUUAUAACCUCCCUCUCGACAACGCCAGCAUCGAGGCUUUAACCUGGAUGGAAACCAUGUGGAACAACCCUGUCAUGCAGAGGCUGGCACACAACUACUAUCGCCAGGCGGAAUUGCCCGAAACGAAGAUCGAGCAUUAUGAUGAUAUCUUCCGCGACCGGGCUGAUGUUCAAUACGGGAGCUUUCCAGAGGGUUGGACCUUCAGCGUUGCCGAGAAAAGAUACAACUAA